UUUUGUGAAAUUCUCCUGCAGCUGGGGGCAGUUUAUGUGGGUGUUUGUGUUUACACUCACUUAAAAAAAACCCAAAAACAUGUUCUUUCAAGUGACUCAUAAUAAAGAGUAACUUUUGUUUUGAAAGCUGUACAUGCAUACUCCAGAGCAGGUACUCCAAUGGCAGGAACAGCAAUAAGAUUACGGCAGUUCGUAGAUAAAGAACCCAACGUCCCCCCAGGAAGUAUUCAUCAUCAGGGAAAGGAUGUUGUUGGUUACUAUCCAGGCCAAAUGGCACGGGUUCAUAUUGCAUACCCUCCUGAAAGACAGCCAAAAUCUUUUACAAAACUGCAGCCAGUUCCAGUAAAACAUGAACCUGUCCUUCAGCAUGAGUUUGACUAUUUAACUCUAAAGAAGUAUAUCGAUUACCAAAGGACAAAGAAGCAAAUCCAUAAUUGGUAUACACAAACCACAUACAGAGAAGCAUUCACAUUACCAUUUUACAAGUCAGACAAUGUUGAAGAUAGUUUUCUCCCAAGAACUGAAGCUGAAUCACUAUCAGUUUGGAAGAGUUUUCCUGCCUUGGAGAAGACUGCUGUUAAACCUUCAUUUAUGGGAGUGUGAUAAAUUCUUUCAUCUGAAGUCUUUUUAAAAAAACAAUAUGGAAGAACCUUUUAGCACCUUUGCAGCCAGGUAAUGACUGCAAACAGUGUAGAUGCCAUGACAAGUUUAAAUACAAUUUGCAUAGCUUCAACCCUAGGAAUUCAGUUUAUGAUGUGGAUAAGCUUUCAGUGCUAGAAAUCAAAUGGGACACAGAGCCACAAUAAAAUAAGCAUAAUUAGA